CUCGAAGUGCUUAUAAAUUGACCAACUUCCAAGGCCACUCAACUCACCAACAUUCUAAGCAUCCAAACUUGAUUUCCUAUUUCACCAUCUUCGAAAUAAAUCAAUACCCUUUCCAUCUGGUAGGAACUAAAAGUAGCCAUCCCAUUUUAUCUAAACUUCUAAACAUCAAACAUGCAUUCUGAAAAUAUCGAACGGUUUUCGAGCUGCAGAGGAGUCUCUUUUGAGAUCAAACCUCAUGCAGAUCCAUUUGCCAUUGAAGCCCCUUCUGCCAGCAAAAGAUACUGGCUACCAUGGGGAAGCAACUCUAAAGUUGUCCCCGCAGGGCCAGGUGGAAACCUUUUCGCAAGGUCCAUGAGCAGGCCCAGCAGCCAUUUCUGUGAUGUUGAAACUGACGAUGAAGAUGAUGACGAUACUACUUUGGCCAACAUUGAAGAAGGCACUCAUGAAGAACAUAUUCAUGAGAAGAAAGUUGACGAAUUGCCGCUCAAAGUGAAUCCUCUCCCUCUUCCUCUUCCACCAGCUGGCAGUAAGCGACAACAACCAAAACCAAAACCUCAUGGUUCCCGGUUGUCGGUCAUCCUGCUUGAUCAAGGCCUUUUCACGGUUUACAAACGGCUUUUUGUUGUUUGUAUCACUUUGAACAUUACGGCCUUGGUUCUUGCUGCCACCGGCCACUUCCCAUAUGCAAGAAAUCAUGCAGCAUUGUUUUCCAUUGCCAACAUCUUCGCUCUGACAUUGUGUCGAAGCGAGGCUUGCCUUCGAGUCGUGUUCUGGUUGGUAGUUAAACUGUUCGGCCACUCUUGGGUGCCUAUUCCGAUCAAAACUAUGAUCACUUCACUGCUGCAAUCCCUCGGUGGGAUCCACAGUGGGUGUGGCAUUUCAUCCAUUGCAUGGCUCACUUAUGCAUUAGUCCUCACCCUUAAAUACCGAGAAAACACCUCACCUGAGAUCAUCGGCGUCGCAUCCGCCAUCCUAUCGCUUAUAUGUUUGUCAUCAUUGGCCGCAUUUCCUCUCAUUCGCCAUCUCCAUCACAACGUCUUCGAGAGGACCCACCGUUUCGCGGGAUGGUCAGCUCUGGCACUCCUCUGGGCCUUUGUCCUCCUCACCAUUUCUUACGAUCCCAUAACAAAAUCAUACACCAGCGACAUCGGCAACAGAUUGAUCAAACAACAAGAGUUCUGGUUUACGGUGGGAAUCACCGUGCUCAUCAUCAUCCCCUGGAUAACAGUAAGACGCGUCCCCGUAAACAUCACAUCCCCUUCAGGACAUGCUGCCCUAAUCAAAUUCCGAGGCGGAGUAAAAGCUGGAAUCUUAGGAAGAAUUAGCCCAUCUCCCUUCUCGGAAUGGCACGCAUUCGGAAUCAUUUCCGACGACAAGGAUGAGCACAUGAUGCUCGCCGGUGCUGUCGGUGAUUUUACCAAGUCGUUAGUUGCGGACCGUCCGAGCCAUCUGUGGGUAAGGCAAGUUCACUUUGCGGGGCUUCCUUAUUUGGUAAACAUGUACGAUCGGGUCCUGGUUGUCGCAACCGGGUCAGGGAUUUGCGUGUUUCUAUCGUUUCUAUUACAGCCGUGUUCGGCCAAUGUUUGUUUUCUUUGGGUAACAAAAAAUGUGGAGCAAAAUUUUGGGAAAGAAAUUAAGGAAUGGAUGAGCGGGCAUCCUAAGGAUAAGGUGAUUGUGCAUGAUACGGCCGUGCUUGGUCGUCCCAACGUGAGCCAAAUGAGUGUGGAUACUGCCAAGAAAUGGGGUGCCGAAGUUGUCAUCGUUACCAGCAAUCCUGAAGGAAGUCGGGAUGUCGUCAAUGCUUGCAAAUCGUCCGGAAUCCCUGCUUUUGGCCCUAUUUGGGACUCUUAGUGGUAUUUCCUUCAUCACGUAAACUUAAUUUAACCUCUUUUUUUUUUCCCCAAUUAUUAUGUAUUCCUUUUGUAAUUUUGGUUUUCAGUUUCAAUUUUGACUUCCAAUGUAAUCGACAAAUAAACUCUUGGAUCCGGGACAACGUCAUCUCAAACUUCACCGAUAACAUAUGGUGAAGCCUUACUACACAGUUUUUGUAAUACCAUUAUAAAUUGUUGAUAUUAAUAUCAAAUUUAUAUAAUUAGUCUCGAAAAUUUCUUUACUGGGUUCUCAGAGUUGAUAAUAUUGUAGCACACGCUAGAGCUUCUUACUCUAAAGCUUCUCUGAUUACUUGGCGAAGUAUCUCUUAUUUCAAAGGAAAAAAAAAUGUCUCGA